AGCAGAGUCCUCACUUUCAGCGUCUUUAAAUGGAGCUCCUACUCCUCUACGUACUUACCCGAGAAUAUCUUGGUGGACAAACCUAACGCAGUCUUCCAGGUGGUCUUCGGAGAGCAACUACCCCCACAGUUUUUAAUCCUGAAGUUGGAACGGCCGGCGAUCGUCCAGAGCAUCACGUUCGGCAAGUACGAGAAGACGCACGUCUGCAACCUGAAGAAGUUCAAGGUGUUCGGGGGCAUGAGUGAAGAGAACAUGACGGAGCUCUUGUCCAGUGGCCUUAAGAACGACUACAACAAGGAGACGUUCACCUUGAAGCACAAGAUCGACGAGCAGAUGUUCCCCUGCAGAUUUGUCAAAAUAGUGCCUCUGAUGUCUUGGGGUCCCAGUUUCAAUUUCAGCAUCUGGUACAUUGAGCUGCACGGCAUCGAGGAUCCUGACGUGGUGCAGCCCUGCCUUAACUGGUACAGCAAGUACCGGGAACAGGAAGCCAUCCGCCUCUGCCUCAAGCACUUCCGACAGCACAACUACACCGAGGCCUUCGAGUCGCUGCAGAAGAAGACUCGGAUAGCGCUGGAGCACCCGAUGCUCACCCACCUGCACGACCGGCUGGUGCUGCAGGGAGACUUCGACGCCUGCGAGGAGCUCAUCGACAAAGCCGUGCGAGACGGCUUGUUCAACCAGUACAUCAGCCAGCAGGAGUACAAGCCCAGGUGGAGUCAGAUCAUCCCCAAGUGCAACAAGGGCACAAGCGGCCAAGAAAUCACCCGCGACGACGUCAACAGCGACGGCGACGACAACCGGCCGGGGAUGAGGGGAGGACAUCAAAUGGUCAUCGACGUCCAGACUGAGACCGUUUACCUGUUUGGGGGCUGGGACGGCACGCAGGACCUGGCUGACUUCUGGGCCUACAGCGUUCAGGAGAACCAGUGGGCCUGCAUCUCCAGAGACACCGAGAAAGAAAGCGGCCCGAGCGCCCGCUCGUGCCACAAGAUGUGCAUCGACUCGCAGCGGCGCCAGAUCUACACGCUGGGCCGCUACCUGGACUCCAGCGUCCGCAACAGCAAGUCCCUGAAGAGCGACUUCUACCGCUACGACAUCGACGCCAACACCUGGACGCUGCUGAGCGAGGACACGUCGGCCGACGGGGGGCCGAAGCUGGUCUUUGACCAUCAGAUGUGCAUGGACUCCGAGAAGCACAUGAUCUACACGUUCGGCGGUCGCAUCCUGACGUGCAACGGCAGCGUGGAGGACAGCCGCACGUCGGAGCCCCAGUUCAGCGGCCUGUACGCCUACCACUGCCAGGCGGGGACCUGGAGCCUCCUGCGGGAGGACUCGUGCAACGCCGGCCCGGAGGACGUCCAGUCCCGCAUAGGACACUGCAUGCUCUUCCACACUAGAAACCGCUGCCUGUACGUGUUCGGGGGUCAGAGGUCAAAGACGUACCUCAACGACUUCUUCAGCUACGACGUGGACGGGGACCACGUCGAGAUCAUAUCCGACGGCACCAAGAAGGACUCGGGCAUGG